AUGGAACAGAACUGCACCUACCUGCGGUAUUGUAAAACACCAACUGACCGUAAAACAUUAAGAAAACAGAAGUACAUGUUUAUAACAACCUUCAGUUUUGACCCCAUAAAUUUAGAAACAAGAGUCACAUGUUCAACCAUUGUCAUCGUAUCUGGCGGAAGCGUAAGCUUAGAAACUGACGGCGAAACCACCUCGGCUACUUUUACAUGCGGGGAAGGGUACACGCUAACGGGUGAAGCAGACAUCAUCUGCAGAAAUGACGGAUCUUGGGACUUUCAGGCCCAUGAAUGCGCACCAUGUUUCGCUCUGGCUCAACCUACUGGAGGUAUUCUACAAUAUACGACAGACGGCGCAGUCACAAAUGCCGGAAUUACCUGUAACAACGGUUACACCCUUCUUGGAGCACAGAAUCUUACCUGCCGUGCAGAUGUGAAAUGUCCUGACCUUGAGGACAUUAGCAGUGGCGUUUUAUCAAUGUCAACGGACGGAUCUGUUUCCGUAGCAGAUUACGUUUGUGCAUCUGGAUACGAUUUGGAUGGACUCAGUGAAAUAGUUUGCCUUACCGACGGUUCCUGGUCGGACCAACCCCCUGUUUGCAAAUGUGAAUCUCCGCCCCAAAUAUUACACGGCACUUAUACAAUCUCCAGCGACGGACAGACUGUCACCUACAGUUGUGAAAGUGGCAGCGCUUUGGUCGGCAACACCUCCCAGAUGUGUGACACCGCGGGAGCAGGCUGGCUUGGCACUCAACCGGAGUGUUUCGUCUGUGAUUCACUGACAAACCUUGCAAAUGGUUUUAUAAAUCUCACUACGGACGGUCGAACAACGUCGGUUGUAUUUACAUGUGAAGUUGGGAACACUUUUGCAGGAGCUUCUGUUGCUUCGUGUCAAUCCGAUGGCACAUGGGAUAUACAGCAACCAUCGUGUGUUGCAUGUCAGCAGCCAACUAUUUUGGAAAACGGUAACUUUGUGAUAAGUACCGAUGGGCAACAGACAACCGCAAACUAUUCGUGUCAAUCUGACUAUACCCUCGUUGGAGACGACGUCCAGUAUUGUGGAAAUGAUGGCUCAUGGACGGUCAACAUGCCUACUUGCGUUUGUUCUGCCUUUCACACGCCGACAAACGGAGACAUUGAAAUAUCCGAUGCCGGAACUACGGCAACGUACACAUGUGGCGAAGGGUAUACGCUAAGCGGAGUAGCGAUCCAACAAUGUGGAAGUGUUGAGGAUGUACUGGCCGGAAACUCAUCUCCUUCUUGUGUAACUUGCUCAACGCUGGAUUACGUUUCUGGGGGUAAUGUGAAUAUUUCCACCGACGGCGUCACGACAACAGCAACGUUUACGUGCGAAGAGGGGUAUACGUUACAGGGAGACUCGGAGAUCACCUGCCGGAGUGAUGGAUCAUGGGACCUGCAGGCUCCAGAUUGCGUGUCCUGCAGCUCUCUAGCUCAGCCAUCUGGCGGUUCUCUAAUUUAUUCCACGGAUGGGACUGUCUCAACAGUUACUGUAAUAUGUGACGUUGGAUCAACGUUGAAUGGUGCACAUGAAAUGCCCAAGCUUUGA